AUGCCUUCCAUCACUAGCACCGAUCUUGCUGCGAUAGCCACCGAUGAUACGAUCUAUGUCUACUAUCAAGACGGCACUAGCAUCCACGAGGCCUUUACCAAAGACGCAAAAACUUGGAAGUCGGGCCCAGUGGUCGCUAACGAUGAGCUGGAUGGAAAUGGAUCGCCUAUAACAGCUUUCUUUAUCCGCCAUGACGGCGAGUUCGACAGCGGGCGCGGUUGGGAAUCGACUAUCCACGUUGUCUACCUUGACAAGAAAAAGACACUCCGAGAGCGGGUUCGAAUUAUCUCGAAGGACGCAUGGACGCCAAUGAAGUUCCCAGACGACAUCAGCACGGCACCAAUUCAAACCUCGAGACUUUCCAGUGGCAUCUGCCACGAUAACACUAAAGACAAAUCUCAUCAAUGGGUUUUCUUCGCGCAGCUAGGCGAUAAAGGCCAAACGGUCGUGGCAGAGAUUAGGAAGGGUGAAAAAGAUGAACACAACGAAAACAAAUGGAAAUGGGUUUAUCGAAAGGUACUGCCCGAAAGCCCAGCAGAUGCGCUCCCGGGGACGAGCCUUGCCGCGAGUCUCACGGACAUCACCACCUAUCUGUUCUUCCAAGAUCACGAAGGCAACAUUGUACGAUACGAUGGGAGCUACGAAAAAUGGAGCAACAAGAAGGUCGUCCGGACGAACCAUCAGGUUGCUAUCAAUUCUCCCAUUGCCGCUUGCCAAUGGCCGAACGGGGCAAAGCCGCAUAUAUUCUACGCGACGAAGAAUUCUCAAGAUAAGUUCGUGAUCGUGGAAUUCGACGAGAGCGUCACGGAACUCAUGGCUUGGUACCCUGGAACGAGGAUCGGCGCGAUCAAGUUUAAGGAUUCCGUCUAUGUCUUCCUCAAAGAUGCAUUCAGUCCUGUAGCAAUCUCCACGAUGGUGCAUGAUGGAAGCUCCUGGAAACAUGGUGGUAAAAUCCAAUAG